GCCCCGUCAAGCACUCAAACUUCCACUUGUCAUCUGCACAUUUCAAGAUCAACCCCUGUUAGUCAUGUGAGCUUUCCAAACUGCUGUGACAGACACUUCCUCAUGCUCAAUGCCUCCUUCACACCUCCUCUGCCUGCUCCUGGCCGCUGCAGUCGCGCGUCUACUUGCGCCGGCCGUCCACGUCCAUGCGCAGGGCGUCCCCUUCCCCACGCCGGCAUCCGCGAACCUCUCCACCCGCUGGACCGUCAGCCUGACGGCGGCAAACCAUGGCGCGCUGUCCUUCGACUACAUGGACGGCACGUCCGUGAGCGUCUUCCUCCUCCAGUCAAUCCAAGUUCCCCCGCAGGAAGGCCUCUGCUACGCCGCGUGCUUCUACUGUAUCACCCCAUGCAAAGCCUUCCUCUUCGGCGUUUGCAUCGUCUACGUCGACAGCGGGGGUUACCUCAGCUUGCCAAACGCAGGCACCCUGCAGAUCGUCUGGUCUGCGAACCGUGGCCACCUUGUCCGUGAAAACGCCACCCUCAGCUUCACGGCCAGCGGCGACCUGCUGCUCCGCGACACCGAUGGAAGCCUCGUCUGGUCCACCGGCACCUCAGGCCAGUCAGUUGCCGGCAUGACCGUGACCAAGUCCGGCAACCUGGUGCUCUUCAAUCGCAAUAAUGCGCUACUGUGGCAGUCAUUCAACCAUCCAACGGAUACUCUGCUCCCGGGCCAGCCACUGGUGGAAGGGAUGAGGUUAACACCGAAUGCCUCCGCCACCAACUGGACGGCCAGCAAUCAGCUGUAUAUCACUGUCCGCGCUGAUGGUUUAUAUGCAUUUGCUGAAUCUUCGCCUCCUCAACUGUACUACCAAAAGACGGUGACCGCAGCCGGAACCGGAAGCAGGAAAACUUACAUGACCCUGACAAAUGACUCCGUGGCCAUCUUUGGAUCCUCCUCUGAGAUUGUAGCAACUCUAGAGACGAACAUGGCGUCCGGCGAGCCGGGGAUGGGGUACAUAAGGCUCGAAUCUGACGGGCACCUGAAGUUGUAUCGGUAUAUUGGACUGGUGGAAGGGUGGCCGGCGGUGCAUGACAUUCUGAAGGGGCAAGUAGAUGAUUGUGCUUACCCGACUGUCUGUGGCGAGUACGGCAUCUGCGACAGUGGGCAGUGUACAUGCCCAAUUGACAGCAAUGCGACAUACUUCAAGCAGAUUGAUGACCGCAGGACUAACCUCGGAUGCACGCCGGUGACUCCAAUUUCUUGCGCGUCGAUGCAAGACCACCGGCUCCUUGCUCUAAGUAAUGUUUCUUACUUCAAUUAUAUAGAUUCAACGGCCGCAUUGCCUCAAAUGAUCGAUGAAGAGAGUUGCAAGGGGGCCUGCCUGAGGAACUGCUCCUGCAAGGCUGCACUCUUUCAGUACGAUCCUGACGAUACUUCUACAGGCUCCUGUUACCUGCCAACACAACUCUUUUCGUUGCAGGUAAAUCAGAAGGAAAUAACUCAUUAUAGUUCUUCUGCAUACCUUAAGGUGCAGAUCACACAUUCACCUCCUAGUCCUGGUCCCUCGAUUUCGAAUGCGCCAGUGAAUAGGUCUACAUCCACAGGAAAGAAAAGGGUUGGUGCUGGUGCAAUUGUUGGCUACACACUUACCGGAGUCAUUUCCUUACUCAUUGUGAUCAUCAUAACCUCAGUGGUUCUCUGGAGGCGAUAUCAACGUAGAGAUGGUGAUGACGAGUUUGGGGAAGUAUCUGGUAUGACCAGUAGGUUCACAUUUGAGCAGUUGAAAGUCGCAACCGAGCAAUUCAGUAAAACGCUUGGGAAAGGAGGAUUUGGUUCCGUUUUUGAGGGGCAGGUAGGCGAGCAGAAAGUUGCUGUAAAACAGCUGGAUCGAGCUGUUCAGGGAAAGAAGGAAUUCUUGGCCGAAGUUGAGACAAUUGGAAACAUUCAUCAUAUCAAUCUGGUGAGAUUGAUUGGCUUCUGUGCAGAGAAAUCCCACAGACUCCUAGUAUAUGAAUAUAUGUCCAAAGGAUCAUUGGACAAGUGGAUCUAUUGCCGAGAUGACAAUACUCCCCUUGAUUGGCAUACACGAUGCAGGAUUAUCACUGACAUCGCCAAAGGUCUAGCUUAUCUUCAUGAAGAGUGCAGACAGAGAAUUGCUCAUUUGGAUAUCAAACCACAAAAUAUCCUCUUAGAUGACAACUUCAGCGCAAAACUUUCUGAUUUUGGAUUAUCUUAUCAUUUGGAUCAAGGUUGGAGCACAAGUAUAUUAGUAACAAAUUAUAUGUGUACAAAUAAAUAUGUUGAACUCUACGCAAAAUAUUAUAACAUUUUUUUAUGGAAUGAAAGUGGUAAGUAA